GCGCGACUCUGAACUGACUUCCAGCGCAGCCCUCCUUGAGACCAACCCAAACUUUUUAUUAUUUGUAAACACGGUUUACGGACACUUUUUUAAAAAAAACGCCGGCCAGUGUGCGAAGACUUUUAAAGCCACACGGGGAGAGUACCCUCAGUGUUUUUACCUCAGGAGAAAGGAUUCACAGUGUCCUGUGUCAUGAAACUUAAUCCACAGCAAGCUCCAUUGUAUGGCGAUUGUGUUGUCACCGUGCUGCUGACUGAAGACGACAAAGUUGAGGAAGAUGCAGUGCUGUACUUGGUAUUUUCGGGUUCGUCCCUCCACCACUGUGCAAGUACCCGGAGGAUCAGUUCUCAUACGCUGGAGACCAUUACUCCUGGUCAUGAUUGCUGUGAGACGGUGAAGGUGCUGCUGUGUGCUUCCAAAGAGGGUCUUCCAGUGUUUGUGGUGGCCGAAGAAGACUUUCAGUUCAUCCAGGAUGAGGCUUAUGAUGCAGCUCAGUUCUUGGCAACCAGUGCUGGGAAUCAGCAAGCACUGAACUUCACCCGCUUUCUUGAUCGGUCAGGACCCCCGUCUGCAGAUGUGAAUUCCCUUGAUGAGAAGGUUGCCCUGGCAUUCAGACACCUGAAGCUGCCGGCAGAGUGGAAUGUGUUGGGGACAAAUCAGACUUUGCAUGAUGGUGGCCCCCGGGAGACGUUGAUGCAUUUUGCUGUGCGGCUGGGACUGCUGAGGUUGACGUGGUUCCUGUUGCAGAAGCCAGGUGGCCGCGGAGCUCUCAGCAUCCACAACCAGGAAGGCGCGACACCUGUGAGCUUGGCCUUGGAGCGGGGUUAUCACAAGUUGCACAAGCUUCUGACUGAGGAGAAUGCUGGAGAACCAGAUUCCUGGAGCAGUUUAUCUUAUGAAAUACCGUGUGGAGAUUGUUCUGUGAGGCAUCAUCGAGAGCUGAAUGUCUAUACAUUAACCUCAGAGUACCAGUCACAUCAUGAACCCCUACUUCCUGCGGACAGUUGCUCUGGGCACAUUUUUAAACUGAUGAACAUCCAACAGCAGCUAAUGAAAACAAACCUCAAAGAGAUGGACAACUGUAUGCCCUUAACGGUGACAGCACAGGAUCUUUCAGGCCUGCCCACUGCCCAAGAUACAGAUGGCUCAUUUCUUCCCUGCGCAUUAGUGUCCACGGACAGCCAGCAGUGUUCCUCCCCUCCUGCAGAUGCUGAGAGCUCUCCUUGCUGCCCAGGGAGCACGGCUGGGCAGAUUGAAUGUUCCUCCGAUUUAUCCAGUGUGGGUAAGGAAGAGAAUACAGAGGGUUCCCGUAGGAAGGAAAGUAAAGGCUUGGAGAGAAAAGAGGAAGAGGCGGAGCCAACAGCCACUGUAGACUCUGAGAAUGUGGCUGAUCCUCAGAGCUGCCUUCGGAGCAUGUCUGAUUGUGGAGGAAAGGGGACAGAAGGCCUUCCAUCCUAUGAAAUCAGAGGUGAAGAAACUGGAACAAAAUCUGCUGCAGUGGCCACAGCCCAGGAGUCUCUGAGCAGUGGAGGUGCUGUCCUACUGGGAGUCCCAGGCAUGGAAUCAGGCACAGCCCAGCAUUUCUCUGGAGGUGAACUGGUAGGCAGUUCAACAGUGGAUGCCAGUGUCCCAGAGACUGCAGGGGGAACGGAACGCGGUCUCGUGAACCCAGAUACCACCACGCAGAAGAAGAUACCCAAAGUAGGGGAAAGUACAAAGGAAAGAUUCGAGAACUCUAAUGUCAGCACAGCUGGAGCCUCUGACGUGAGGGACACGAAGCCUGUGGAUAAAGCCAUUGUUCCGAACUGUGUUUCUGCCACCAGCUCCCUGAAUGGUGACACACCUGCUGAGUCUUCACUUGCAUUGAGUAAUGGAGAAACCCUUGUUGAAAAAACUGCCGAAACUGAAACUUCAAGAUGUUGUGAAGGGAGUGCUCGUGCUGCAGAUCAGCACCCUCUCAUCAUUCCAGCUGCUACAAAUGACAAGAUUUCAGACAGCUUAGAGGCAGACACUCCCUUAGCCAACACACGUGGGGAACUGUCGCCCUCUGACUUCACCUUCCCCAGGCCACAAAAAGAUGUUAUGCCAAACCAGAAAUCAGAAACAAAUUCCUCUCAUGUUCAGAGCCAGAGCAGCAAACCACCCGUCUGCUCCACACCUGGAGACAAUAAACCUCAUGCUGCCUCCGCCUGUGGACAGAACGCGGUGACUUGUAGCAGUGCGUUGGCUGCAGAGCGUUGUGAUGACAUAGUCACCCAGCCUGGAGGCACCACCGCAGGACUGGCCCACGCACAGCCUCCGCCCACUGCCGUCUGCUCGGAAGGCCCACAGACUAGCACAGUCACCCCUGACCCUGUAAGAGACACCCAGGAAGAUGUGGGUUUUUGUCCUCUUGAAGUUUCGGGUAAAGAGGGCCAAGCAAGAGAUUUGAACUUAGAAACAUCUUUAACAAAUAUGCUUGAGGUCUCUCAUCAUCCACCUGCUGUUUCCCCCAAAGCAGAGACAGAACCAGCGCCGGACCAGGCAGUGACAUCAGGCAGGACUUUCUCUCUGGCAGGCGGCGAAUCAGUAAUGAAAGAUGACGUACUCUCUCUUGUCCCCUCCCAGAAAGAAAAGGGAACAGCAACUCCUGAACCACAUACCGCUACACAUUGUAGAGAUGGCGGAGAUUGGAACGGUCCAGAUGAGCAGCCACUAGAAGACAGUGCAGCAGGCCUGUUUACAGCCUCCACUGCCCCGGACCUUCAGCCUAGCAUGGGGAAUGCCAGUCCUGUAGGAUUUGGUGGGGAGCAGGAGGGUCCCUGCCUCUCAGCAGCCCCUGAAGUUCUGAGUGUCGAGGGGGGCACCGACUCUUCCCUGCUACAUGUGGGUAAGGCCCCUUUGGCCUCUGAUUGCAAUUUGACUGAAGAAGGAAAAAAUCUGGUGGUUCCAGAAAGCUCUGCAGCUCAGGGACAGGACGAUAAAUUUAAAACAGUGAUUUUUUCCUCCAUUAAGGAAGAUACUUUUCCUUCAGGAAUGUUGCAGGAAGAGCAGGGAACAGACGCCCCUGGACAGGAGUUACCAGAAGUCCAGGGAGAACCUAGCUCAGCCGCCUGUGCCCAGGACAAAGCACUGGAACACGGUAAUUCACGGGGCACACCCUCGGCCUGUCUGAACGCAGAAACCAAACAUAACAAGGAAGUGGCCCCACCAGUCUCACUGGUGACUGAAGGUGGGGCUGCACAGAGCCCGGUGCCACCAGGAGCAAGUCUGGCUGCAGACUUGGGCCAAGAAGCUGUGGGUGCAGAGCAGAGCAGCUCACCUCUGCUGCCAGGGCUGUUACCAGAUGGGUCUAAGGCUCUUAAUUGCAAUGGAUCUUUUGCUAUGGAUGUUGGAGUAAAAUACACUCAAACCCAGGGAAAGACCACUGCUUGUGCGGUGAGUGGAGAUAUGGCAUUGGAUGUUGCAGUGGAUAGUGCUCUGCAAGGAACUGUUGAAGCCAGAAGAAAGGAUUUAUCGCACAAUGUCCAAGACGACCUGAUUCCAGAAGUCUUGCGGAGCCAGGAGGGUAUGACCCAGGGUUUGCCAGGAGCUUUACCAGAUAAAGGUGCCACUGACCUCCAAGGUGUUGCACCCCCAGAGAUGGUGCCUCUUGGUUGGGAGAAGGGGAAGCUGGAGGGAGCUGACCUCAGCUGCAGCAUGGGUGACUCUGAGGGGGCCCAAAUCAAUGACGACGCACGUCAUGUCCCACUGCAGCCCAUUGCCAGAGAGCUCCCUGCAGAGAGAGGGCUCUCAACCGGUGAUGACAAGGCCCCGAGCAGGGACGGGGGCACUCCCUCUGUACCUUAUGCUGUGUCUGCCAAAGCCGGGUAUCUGCCUAAGAGAGCAGACUCGAUCGAGGAGGCUGCGAGUCGUAUAGUGGAUGCUGUCAUAGAGCGAGUCAAGGCCUCAGGAGCCCUGCUGGCAGAGGGGGAAAUCAGUCACAUGCCACCAGCGAGUCCUUCAGAGUCAGGUCCAGGGGCUGAACAGCUGGAGAGCACUUCCCCUGGGAAAGUGAUCGCUCUCCUGCCUGGGGAGACUGCACCAAUGGGCAGCACUCGUGAAGAAGUCCUUGGAAACCCUGCAGGAUAUUUUGCUGGAAGGGAGGAGCCAGAGAAGAUAAUUCGGCCGGUUCAAGGACCUGAGCCAGCAACAGAAAUGCCAGACACAAAAGCUGACGAUGAAGUGGAUUUUCUGAGUAAUAUCAGGGAGAGUUCAGUUUCUGAAGAGGUGGCUGUAGGCAACACAGCUACUACGCCUAAGGUGACGAGACAAGGCCUGAAGACCCAGGCGAUAAACCAGGAAAGCUGGUGCACAAUAGAGCCCUGUCCUGAUGCGGCAUCUCUCUUGGCUCCCACACAGAGCCCAGAAUGUGAGAACUUCCUGGAUGUUGGGCUGGGCAGGGAGUGUGGCCCCAAACAUGGUGGACUUAAAAGAGAAUCUGGGAGUGACUCUGACCUAUUUCACUCACCCAGUGAAGACAUGGACAGCAUCGUCUUCUCCAAGCCCGAGGAAGAGCAGUCGGUCUGCGAUAUCACUGGAUCCAGUUCUUCCACCGAUGACACAGCGUCCCUGGAUCGACAUUCCUCUCAUGGCAGCGAUGUGUCCCUCCCCCAGAUACCAAAUUUGAACAGGUCCAGAGAUCAGCAAUCUCUCGAUGGCUUCUACAGCCAUGGGGUGGGAGCGGAGGGUCGAGAGAGUGAGAGCGAACCUGCUGGCUCAGGUGAGAUGGAAGAGGAGCUGGACAGCGUCACCGAAGUGCCUGCCACCUGCUCUGUCCUGAGGAGCUCUAUGCGCUCUCUGUCCCCUUUCCGGAGGCAUAGCUGGGGUCCUGGGAAGAAUGCUGCCAGCGAUGGAGAAAUGAACCACCGGAGUUCAAUGCGAGUUCUUGGGGAUGUUGUCAGGAGACCUCCCAUUCAUAGGAGAAGUAUGAGCUGGUGUCCCUCUGGUGUGCAAUACUCUGCUGCCCUGAGUGCUGACUUUAAUUACAGAAGUUUCAGCCUAGAAGGCUUGGCAGGCGGAGCUGGCGCCGGAAACAAGCCUUCUUCAUCUCUGGAAGUCACCUCUGCAAACGCCAAAGAGCUCAGGCACCCGUUCAGUGGUGAGGAACAGGGUGAUUCUUUGGUGUCACUUUCAGAAGAGGAUUUGGAAUCGGGCCAGAGAGAACACAGUAUGUUUGGUCAUCAGACAUGUCACAGACCUAAACAACAGGGAUUUAAUUACUGUACAUCAGCCAUUUCUUCUACAUUGACAAAGUCUGUCUCAUUAAUGACAAUCAGCCAUCCUGGGUUGGACAACUCCCGGCCUUUCCACACCAGUGCUAGCCUGACGGAGAGUAUAACAGAAGAGAGCUACAGCUUCCUGCCACAGAGCCCCUCCAAGAAGGAUUCUGAAGGCAAGAGUGGAACGAAAGUCAGUCGUACUUUCAGCUACAUCAGGAAUAAAAUGUCCAGCAGUAAAAAGAGCAAAGAAAAGGAGAAAGAGAAAGAGAAAGUCAGAGAGAAGGAGAAGGAGUCCAAGGAGAAGGAGAAGAAGGUCCUCAACGGCCACGCGUUCAGCCCCAUCCCCGUCGUGGGCCCCAUCAGCUGCGGCCAGUGCGUGAAGCCCUUCACCGGCCGGGACGCCUACACCUGCGCAAAUUGCAGUGCUUUUGUCCAUAAAGGCUGUAGAGAAAGUCUGGCCUCCUGUGCAAAGGUCAAAAUGAAGCAACCCAAAGGGAGCCUUCAGGCGCAUGACACGUCCUCGUUGCCCACAGUCAUCAUGAGGAGCAAGCCCUCGCAGCCCAAGGAGCGCCCUCGGUCCGCAGUCCUCCUGGCUGAUGAAACCAUUGCCGCCCCUAUAUUUGCCAACAGACGGUCCCAGCAGAGCGUGUCGCUGUCCAAAAGUGUCUCCAUACAGAACAUUGCCGGAGUUGGCAAUGAUGAGAACAUGUCAAGCACCUGGAAGUUCCUGUCGCAUUCAACAGACUCACUCAAUAAAAUCGUCAAGGCCAAUGAGUCAACAGAAUCCCUUACUGACGAGGGAGUAGGUACAGACAUGAAUGAAGGACAGCUAAUGGGAGACUUUGAGAUGGAAUCCAAGCAGCUGGAAGCAGAGUCCUGGAGUCGGAUAGUAGACAGCAAGUUUCUGAAACAGCAAAGGAAAGAUGUGGUCAAGCGGCAAGAAGUGAUCUAUGAGCUGAUGCAGACAGAGCUGCACCACGUCCGCACGCUCAAGAUCAUGAGCGACGUGUACAGCCGGGGCAUGGUGACGGACCUGCUCUUUGAACAGCAGAUGGUGGAGAAGCUGUUCCCCUGUUUGGACGAGCUGAUCAGUAUCCACAGCCAGUUCUUUCAGAGGAUCCUGGAGCGGAAGAAGGAAUCCCUGGUGGAUAAAAAUGAAAAGAACUUUCUCAUCAAGAGAAUAGGAGAUGUGCUUGUAAAUCAGUUUUCAGGCGAGAACGCGGAGCGCUUGAAGAAGACAUAUGGCAAGUUUUGUGGGCAGCACAACCAGUCUGUGAGCUACUUCAAAGACCUUUGUACCAAGGAUAAGCGUUUUCAGGCCUUUGUAAAGAAGAAGCUGAGCAGUUCAGUCGUGCGAAGGCUUGGAAUCCCAGAGUGCAUAUUGCUGGUAACCCAGCGGAUCACCAAAUACCCUGUUUUGUUCCAAAGAAUAUUGCAGUGUACCAAAGAAAACGAGGUGGAGCAGGAGGACCUGGCUCAGUCCCUGAGCCUGGUAAAGGAUGUGAUUGGGGCUGUGGACAGCAAAGUGGCAAGUUAUGAAAAGAAAGUACGUCUGAAUGAGAUUUACGCAAAGACAGACAGCAAGUCGAUCAUGAGAAUGAAGAGCGGACAGAUGUUCGCCAAGGAGGAUCUGAAGCGGAAGAAGCUGGUGCGGGACGGGAUCGUGUUUCUGAAGAACGCGGCGGGCAGGUUGAAAGAGGUCCAAGCAGUUCUGCUGACAGACAUUUUAGUUUUCCUUCAAGAAAAAGACCAGAAGUACAUCUUUGCGUCAUUGGAGCAGAAAUCAACGGUGAUCUCUUUAAAGAAGCUGAUUGUAAGGGAAGUAGCACAUGAGGAGAAAGGUUUAUUCCUGAUCAGCAUGGGGAUGAAAGACCCCGAGAUGGUGGAAGUGCAUGCCAACUCCAAAGAGGAGCGGAACAGCUGGAUUCAGAUCAUCCAGGACACAAUCAACACCCUGAACAGAGAUGAAGAUGAAGGAAUUCCUAGUGAGAGUGAGGAAGAAAAGAGAAUGUUGGACACCAAGGCCCGGGAACUGAAAGAACAACUUCAACAAAAGGACCAACAGAUCCUGCUCUUGCUGGAAGAGAAGGAGAUGAUUUUCCGGGACAUGACUGAGUGCAGCACCCCCUUGCCAGAGGAAUGCUCCCCAACUCACAGCCCUAGAGCCCUUUUCCGCUCCAACACAGAAGAGGCUGUCAAAGGAGGCCCUUUGAUGAAAAGUGCAAUAAAUGAGGUGGAGAUCCUUCAGAGUUUAGUGAGUGGAAGCCUGGGAGGCACACUCGGGCAGGCUGUCAGCAGCCCUGCUGGGCAAGAAGGCAUCGUUGGCCCUGUUUCCUUGCCCCGGAGAGCGGAGACUUUUGGAGGGUUCGACAGCCAUCAGAUGAAUGCUUCCAAAGGAGGAGAUAAGGAGGAGGGAGAAGACGGCCAAGAUCUUCGGAGGACGGAGUCGGAUAGUGGUCUGAAAAAGGGUGGAAAUGCUAACCUGGCAUUUAUGCUUAAAAGGAACAAUGAGCAGGUCGUCCAGAGCAUCGUUCACCUCCACGAACUCCUCAGCACUUUGCAGGGGGUGGUGGUACAGCAGGACAGCUACAUCGAGGACCAGAAGCUGAUGCUGACAGAGAGGGCGCUCACCCGGAGCUUGUCCCGCCCCAGCUCCCUCAUCGAGCAGGAGAAGCAGCGCAGCCUGGAGAAGCAGCGCCAGGACCUGGCCAACCUGCAGAAGCAGCAGGCGCAGCACCUGGAGGAGAAGCGGCGGCGGGAGCGCGAGUGGGAGGCCCGGGAGCGGGCGCUGCAGGAGCGCGAGGCCCGGCUGGCCCAGCGCGAGGAGGAGAUGCAGCGGGGGCAGCAGGACCUGGAGAGGAGCUGGGACGAGCUCCAGCAGAAGAAGGGCUCCUACCAGCAUGACCUGGAGAGGCUGCGCGCUGCCCAGAAACAGCUCGACCGGGAGCAGGAGCAGCUGAAGCGGGACGCGGAGCGCCUCAGCCAGAGGCAGGUGGACCGCGACCUCUGUCGGGUUUCACAUCAACACACCAAGGUGCUGCGGAUCCCCUCCUUCCUCCCCAGCCCUGAGGAGUCCCCCUUGCCACCUGCACCUUCGAUAGCCAAAUCAGGGUCGUUGGACUCAGAACUCUCAGUGUCCCCAAAACGGAACAGCAUUUCUCGGACGCACAAAGAUAAGGGGCCUUUUCACAUACUGAGUUCCACCAGCCAAACCAGCAAAGUGUCCGAGGGUCCAGGCCAGACCCCGGUGCCCACAGCUGCUCCCUCCCGCCUGUUUGGAUUAGCGAAGCCCAAGGACAAGAAGGAGAAGAAAAAGAAGAGCAAAGGAGGCCGCUCCCCGUCUGGUGAUGGCCCUGCGUCAGAAGUGCCGGCAGAGGGUGAAGAGAUCUUCUGCUGACCCCUCUCUCCUGCUGGCUGUGUCAUUGACCCCACCUCUCUGGCUGUCCCUGCGUGCUCGCACUCUCAUGUUCACAUCAUGCUGUUCAGGUGUCCCUCCUCCGCACUGCUCAGGUCAUGGACUUGAGAAACAGAUGGCCCCGAGCAUCUGGGUGGGUGGGGAGGCCCCAGACUUACCCACCCUGGUGACUGCCAAUGACUCGUGGGUUGGGGCCAGCCCUUCUGUGGAUGUUACACUGAGAGUAGUGUCCCCAGAAGUCUAGGUGAUGGUUUUGCCAUGUCAGGAAUUCCUAAAAGCUGAAAGAAUGUUUCCAAAUGAGGUAUGAAAUGCUGGCUGCCUUCCAUUUUGGGGAACAGAACUGAAAAUCCAACAACAGGUAGUGUGGACUUUGUAUGUGUGCACAUACAGUAACCUGUCUGUGUACACACCUGGAGUCGGCAGAAUCACGCAGUCUGUCCCAGAGCACUGCUCAGGCGGCGUGCGGGUGCCUGGCAUCUCGCCUGCUAAGUGUCUGUGGCAGUGUCUCUCCCCCCCCCCAUUUGCAUGUGUUUCUCAUUUCAUUUUAGAAGGGAUGAUAAACACUUGUGGAAACCAGUGAGAAAAGACUUGAUGUGUUUAAAAGCAUAUGAUCUGUACCAUCUUGAUUUUGAUCUUUCAUUUGCCCAAAGAAAGUAUCUAAUUUCAAUAGUCAAUUCUGGAAGAAAUUCUGCACUGGCUUUCCAAGGUGUUUGCCCACGUAUUCUGAGCGCAUAUGAAGUAGAGAUGCCGCCUCAUUUUUAUCCCUGCAGUGUGACACUUUUUGGUUGUCGCUGACCAUUCGGAAGUGGCCAUAGCCUUCUGGCAAUAUUCCUGAGACCUUGCGAUGGCUCCGCAAGGGAAGCUGUUCCUGCCUGGGCCUCCCUGUGGGAGACGGUGGCCUCCGUCGGCUCUCCACCCAUAGAGGCCACCUGCUUCUGCAGCGAGCUUGUCCCCGCCCCUGCGCUAGGACAGCCGGCCGAGACAUAGUCAGCUGAAGGUUUUGAGCACAUGUGUAGUGGUUUCCACCAGGACAUACGAGCAAAGGCCGGGCCGGGAAGGUUCUCAUUCUGUGUCAGGAGGCCUUGGCAAAAUUGAAUUCCUUACAAUUUUUUUUAAAGUCUAAAGGUCUGUCGGUUACUGUUCUGUGCCCCUUGAAGAUGCCUCAGAUGCUGCCUGUUUUAUGUUUUUUCCUUCGCUCCUGCUUUUCCUCUGUUUGGAUCUGUGUUUGCCUUCAGCUCGCCACUAGCUGGGAGGAGACGACGGUUCAUGGGCGACGUUUUCCUCUGAGGCGCCACACCUGCCGCGCCGGUAGCUCCCCAGGAGGGGACACACUGGGAAAUCUGUGCUUUCCAUGUGGCCUUUGAUUCCUGCUUUCGGCCCCUCAGGAGCAUGAGUCUUUGACCAUACUUUUUAAAAAACAAAAAAUCUGUAACUUGGUGCUUGUUGAUGAAUUGCAAGCUGGCCUUGCAGGUGGAGAUAUUUAUCUUUCAGUUUACUUGAAAGAGGUCUGGUUUAAAAUUGUUAGCUUAGACUUGUUUUAUUUAUUGUGUGUGUGUGUGUGUGUGUGUCUGUGUGCUAAGGGUGAGCACACUGUCCCAACGGUUCCAACUAUCUGAUCACUGCGGAGCGUGAACAGCGGCAGCUGCGCACUCCUCAGAGCCUGCAGGGUGCCUUGAAGGCCCCAAAGAAAUUAAGGUUCAGGAAGGAUUCCUUUCCUUCCCCCCUCCUACCCCACCCCAUUCUUUGACCAAGGGAUGUCUUUUUGCUUGAGAGUUAAGAAACUUGCCACCUGUAAGGGACAUUUGCCUAUUUUUAUCAUCAAGAUUUCUUACCCUUCAAUAAUAGAGUUGAGGAAAAAACCAACUGAUUUUUCUCUCAAAAUCAUGUGUACACCCCCCCACCCCAAAGAUCCUAAACAGCAAAAAGCUAAGUUGCUUCCUUCCGCCAGUCCCCACAGCUUCGAGUUACGGCCGUGCCUGCCCUGGCUUGCUUUCCCCGGAGCUGCGUGGAGCUCACUUGUCUGUCCUUCUCACCUGCUGGAGUUACCCCUGUGGCUUCAUGUCACACAGAGAGACCGCUCUGCUAGGAAGGAAGGCACUGGCAGAUGAAGACUCAGGUUCUUCCUCUGGGUGGAUGUGGGCCAGGCCCCCUGUGUUCUGGGCUUGAAACAGGAAGGGCUUCGUGCCGAUGAGAUUGGCUGUCACACAUGCUCCUGCAGAGGCGCCGAGGACACUGAGUUCUGUGUGUGGCUGCCCAGCUUGAUUUCAGAGUCCCCGACCCUUGCUUCUCCAUGCCUCUGUCAUCUCUCCCUUUUGAAAUUGAACUUGGGGAUUUUGUUGCUGUGCUUGAGGCACUCCCUGGAUUUUUGCUGCUGUACUUGUGCUAAUGACCUUGAGAACUGCUGGGUCACAGAGUCUAAGCUCUGUUUGGGUUUCUUUCCUGUGGGAAGGGGUUGUCUUCUAGGGUGACUCAUUCAGUUCCCUGUGGCGUCCUCAGAGAGGAAGCUAUACUUUUCCAUCAAGCUCAAGAAACCAGGUGCCCAACAAUGUGUUUAAGUUUUGGGGGGACAGGAAGACACCUUCCAGAGUCCCCAGGUUUCCAGAAUCUAGUGAGUUUUCUGGAAGGAGGAUGCACCUUCUCCCAAUUAGAUCAUCUCAGUAAUUGUCAUCCUAUUUGGGUGACACGUGCACUUUACAUGCUGUCUUCAGCUGGCUUCAUUUUUGUGACAACUAUGUCAACUAUUUACUGUUUUGAAAAUGGGGGGCUAAAAACAUGCAAGUUGCCAUAAUUCAGCCUUUGCCAACAUCCCAUCCUCUACCUGCAUGACAGUUACCUGUGGGCAGGAAAUCUGUAUCAAGAUUUUUUUGGAAAAGGUACGAAUCCUACCUUUUUUCCUCUUAAGUCUCAGGGUGAUAACCACUGAAAGUUGUCCCUUUGCUCAUUUGCUCCCUUGUCUGUUACCUUCCCAAGCCCCCGGCAUUAGCAGCAGUGAGCACAAAUGUUUAAGACCCUUGGGGUUUGUUGGACCUUUACUGGGGCAGGGAUAUAGGGUGUAGGGGUUUAAUAAAAUAGGCUCUGCCUUAAAUAAAAGUUAGAACCAUAACCUUAGAGGCCAGAACUUGGUCCAGAAGUUGCUGUUCACAGUAGUUUCUGUUUCAGCCUUUUCUCUCGGAGGCUUUUUUUCCGUAGCUGACUCUUUCUUCCCAAGGAUGUUGGUAUUGACAUUGGAGCAGCAGUGUCCUCCCGUAUUGAUGGGCUGCCAGAGGUGCCCACAGGACAGCCAAGCCCUGGGAGGGGUUUAGAGAGACGGUCCUGGUGAGUGGGCUCAAGUGGCCGUAAAGAAGGUGGCUUGGAGGGGACAGUGACAAAGGGCAUCACCCCCUCCUCUGUCAUGUUUGGGUGCCCUUGGAAUGUGGAGCCCAGAAAUCAGCCUGCAGGGUGAGUGGUGCUUGGCAGAGGUUGAGAGGGAGGUGAGCCUCCUUCAGCAGGACCCUUUGACACACGACAAGGGUCCUGACUGGCUGGGUCCAGCCCAGUGCUGUUGCUCUAACUGACCUGAAGAGACAGGAGGGGGCAAAGAGUUUCUUUCGCAUUGGUUCUUCCUUCUUUCAACGUAGCAUAACAUUCCUAGUUAACCAGAGCUUCGGAGUCUACUGCCUGCUGGCCAGGUUUUAAAAUGAAAAGUAUUUUAAUGCUGCCGUAAAAGGAAAAAAACCAAAACAUCUAAUUUAAUUCGUCAAAAGCUGUCAGGCCUUGGAAUUAUUUUCUCCAUCUUGCUGAGGUUUAAAGAUGGGCAGACCCAAGCAGUUCAAGUCUCUCUUGCCACAGACCAUGCUGACCUGUUCCAGACACCAGUCCGAGCCCAGCCUGUGCUGGGGGCCUCCCUGCUGUGAGCCGGAGGAUCCGGACCUCCGGCCUCUGCGCACCCCGGUUUUCACCGCGCUUGAACUCCUCUGCUUUUUGCAGCCGCCUUACAGGAAGGGCAGCGAGAGCACACUGACAGGGACCCGCCCUGUGGUCACGGUUCAGCCUGUGGUUUCCUGUGUGUCACGUACCCCGUAGGGCACGGCGGAUGCCAGGGUAUGCAGGAGGGUGACUGCGUACACCUAUACCUCUGCUUUCGUUCGUUCCAAAUGCUAUGUGAACGUUUCUGUGCUCAAUCCUAUUAAAUAAGGGGUUAAAACUCAGAUGCUGUAUAUUAAUUUGUAAUUAUGUAUAAAGUAAAGCAGUUUUAAACUGUAAAGAUUUUUUUCAGUGUUUUCUGGGACUUUGCCACAACAUACUGGCUUUGUAUUUUAUUUAUCUCCCUGUCUAGUUAUUGGCUUUAGAUUCUUGUAAAGUCCCCCUCAACCUUUUGAAAAAAUAAAUAGUCUCCAGGUCUCGAC